CACAUGUGCACACCAGCCCUCUCUUCUCGUUUGCUGCAGCUGGGAGCCACCAGUGUGCUUCCGAGGUGCCUAGCACAGAAGGCCUGGGCUCCAUUGGUUGGUCCUUUCUAUUGGAGCAGCACCUGGAACCCAAACUGGACCCAGCAAAAUACCCACUGAAGGCUGGAAAUGAAUGAGCAAGCAUUCUGGAGGAAGGGAGCCGGCACCAGACACCAGAUGAACCCACAGAGGCCCAGAGCAGAAAAAAGGCUGGACAAAGUGGAAAAGGUGUCCACCGACGGGACGAUGAUGCUGGUUGCCGCAACCUUGUGUCUGGGUCUCCUGAUGGUGGCCGCUGGUGACAAAGAAGACGAGUGCGUCUACAAGCCCCUGUCUGAUGAGGACGCCGUGCUGUGCAAUAGGGGCCUUGAAGUUUUGUGCCCCGAGUUGGGGAACAUCGGCUGCAUGUUCAUUCCCGACUGCAAUGACUACAGACAGAAGAUCACUCGCUGGAGCGAACCCAUAGUCAAGUUCUCUGGCGCCUUGAACGAUGAGAAGUACAUCCUGGUGAUGGUGGAUCCCGAUGUUCCCAGCAGGUACAAUCCCAGAGCAAGAUUCUGGAGACAUUGGCUGGUGACGGAUACCCAGGGUUCGGACCUGCAGAAAGGGAAGAUUAAGGGCCAGGAGUUAUCAGCCUACCAGCCUCCCUCCCCACCACCUCACAGUGGCUUCCACCGCUACCAAUUCUACGUCUAUCUUCAGGAAGGAAAGACCAUCAACCUCCUUCCAAAAGAAAACAAAACACGAGGCUCUUGGGAAAUGGACAGAUUUUUGUACCGCUUCCACCUGAACGAGCCUGAAGCAAGUACCCAGUUCAUGACGCAGAACUACCAGGACUCAGCAGUGUUCCAGGCUUCUGGGGAAAGUGGCCGCUAGGCCAAGGACAAACCCGAACAGACUUCGCUGCCUGCUGGGCCGCAGGCUUCACCUACCAGGUGUGGGUCCACAACAAUCCUGGGACAAGACCCUCUCUGAGUAUGGACUCCGUCUCAUCCAAAUUUUUCAAAAU